AGGGAGGGAACGAAAGCCCAGGGCAAAGGCGCGCAGGCAGGGCGCCAGAUCCCACUGCCCCUUUUAGGCAUCCGUUCCCCAGCGCACCCUGCAUCCUCUACCUGACCCCGUGUGCAAGCAGAAUCAGACAAGUGGCAUCAAUGGAGAGGACAAGCCAAGUCCGGCAGAGGAGCCUGCCUGGGGUGGUCGUGAAAAGCAGAGAGAAGAAAAACGCUAGGGAGGCGAAGAUCGGUCAGUACGCACCGCGCUUCAUUGGAUACCCGGAUUUAGAGUCCUGAGCUUCGCGAACCUGGGGAGGGGAGGUAAGAGCUGAGAGCGCUCCAGCAGUCGCUCCUGUAGGAGGCGGCAGUCGGGUGCCCGGUCCACUGCUAGAGCGCGACCCCACAAUCCAGAACGAGGCCCUACAGUAAACCCCACCCCGGCAAUGAUCGCGCCAACGCCGGCUACAAGUCGUCUUGGAAACGGAGCAGCACGAGCCUAAUUCCUGAUUCCUCGGAGUCCCCAGCGUCCGCGUAGUGAAAUUGAGACCCUGCAGGGAGCUGAAGAAACCAGUUCAGCUGGAGACCAGCUGCGGGACCUGCAGCUUCCUGCACGGAGAUUCGCCGAGGACACCUUCGCACCCGGGAGUAAUUCCCUAACUCGCUGCUGCCUUAGGGGUACAGCACGGACAGGGGCGCAUGGAGAAACCCACCAAGCACCCUGAGCGCGCGAGGCCUGGGCCCCAUUCACCACCCUCCAUUGGCUGUACGGGCCCUGUACCUUGACCCUGGUGCCCCUCGUGUGCGCCGUGCGUGUGGUGGGCAACGCCACGGUGGUCCUGGUGGUGGUCCGGAGCCGCCACAUGGUCACAACCACCAACUGUUACCUGGUGAGUCUGGCCACCGCGGACCUGCUGGUGCUCCUGGCUGCUGAAGUGCCCACCGUGGCCGAGGCGGCAUCCGCGCGGGUUUGGGUCUUCGACCACGCAGGCUGCCUGGGCAUCACCUACGUGCAGUACGUGGGCAUCAACGCGUCCAAGGUGGAGCGCUACCUCGCCAUCUGCCGUCCUCUGAGCGCCCAGGUUCUGUCCACCGCGGCAUGAACCAAGCGCACUGCAGCGCUGGUGUGGCUGGGCACCGGCGCCUACGCGCUUUGGCUCUUCCUGGUGGGCACGCGCGAGACCGCGUAAGCCGACGGCGUACAGGAGCAGUGCGGCUACCGCGUGUCACGCACUGUAGUCGCCCGUCUACUUCCUGGACUUUGCGCUCUUCUACGCGCUGUCCCUGGGCCUGGCCACCGUGUCCUAUGCACUCAUAGCACGCGUCCUCUUCGUGGGGCCGCUGCCUCCUGGUGACUGGGGACGAUCGGGCUCUGUGCACCAGGGCGGCCCUGCUGGCCAAGGGCGCUUCUCCUCCCGCGGCAGGAGGGGUGACCUCAACUCCCGAAAGCAGGUAGGGACGUCCCUCCUCAUUCGGACCCCUGUACUGAGCCAGCAGCAGAUUGGUGGAUGGAACCUUGGGCCCUCCUAGAGUCAAGCUCAAGUUCAAGUCCAGGUGGUGCCACUUACUCGGCUUGUUUUUGGCGACAUCACUUCUGAGCGUUUCUGAGCCUCCAUUGCCUCUCCUGUUGUAUGAGGUAACGGCACAGAAAUGGCAUGAUUCAUUUAGAGUCAAUGUCACAAACUAAACGCUAAAUUCAUCUUGGUUUGUUAUUAAACUUCCUCAGUGAGUCCCUACACCGUAGCUGUUAUUCUCUUUCUUCUACUGAUGGGGAAAGUGAGGCUCAGAGAGGUGAAGUGACUUUCCCAAGACUAUACUACGCCAUCUGGCGCUAAAACUGCCCCAAUGAACCGGGACAGUCUGAAAGCCCAAGAGGAUGGGUUCUGGGGAGAUGGAGAGAAAUUCAGCAUUUAUUAAGCACUUACUGUGUUUCUGAUUCUCUGAUGGUUCCUGAUAGUAUCCCUAUUUGGGAGGUUUCAUACCUAUUUUUAUGGACAAGUAUACGGGCUUAGAGGGGACAAGGGAGCGACAGAGGCGACACUGUAAGGGAACUGCGUGCAGGAACGCAUGUGUCCAGGCUCCUCGUUCCCCCCCACCCCCAUUCCAGCAGUGCAGCCUCCCAAGGGUUUUCUAAGAAUGCAGGUGGGAGGAGCGCUCUCUGGGCCCAACUGGCCUUUAUCUUCAGCCUUCCACCCCCAGCCUUCCUGGAUAUAUACUAUAGAAGGCUUUCUCACAUUUAAAAUGCUCAUUGGGUAUACUCCCCAGUGUGUGUUCUGAUGCUGAGCAGGAAAAACAGUAGGAAGAAUAAGGGACUAUACACCUCUGGUGUUCCUAAGAGAAGUUUAGGAGAAAGAUAAGGAUUUGGGAAUCAUUAGCAUUUUGGUGGACACCUCAUAGUCUGUAAUCUUCGCUUCUCAUCUAUAGUCUUCGGUGAAAUUCAUAUGCACCUUUUCUUUUUGUAUUAAUGGUUCCUAGCAAUCAACCAAGCUGAGUAAGGACGACAGAGGCUCCUCUAAGGAGCCCUCCGUUGUGGGCGGUGGCCGCGGUGUCUUAUGGGGAAUGUAGUCCGGAAAAGCUUCGACCGCCCUUUGGAAAACCUGGGAAGGACGGCCCGGCGGACUCUUCUGCGCAUGUGGGGCCUCGGCUUUCUACGUGGGCGCGUCUGCUUGUUCUCUAGGCUUUUCCCGCGGCGGGUCCUGCAGCCUACGGGGCGCGGCGUUCCGUGGUCACCUGGGCCUGGUGAACUGGGAGCGAAGCGGGUGCACCCACAAGUUAAAUGACUGGCGGGGAGCUCCGAGCCCUCGGGGGCUGGAGGGGAAGUGGCUGGGCGGAGCUGGCCUCGGUCCUCGGAGAGUGGAUGCGCGCUCUCCCCGCAUCCCUCUCCAGGGAGGCCCGGAGCCGGGUUUCCCAUGGUCCCGGAGAAGGGGAGCGAGGGCCGGGCUCCUGACCUGCAGGCCUCAUGGCGGGCGCUCCCUGCAGCCCUUCAUUGCAUGAAGAAGGUGCUCUGUGGAGGUGCAAGGUCAUAAGGCGUAAUCGAGGCUUCUAGGCUCUUUCUGCCUCCUGCGGUAUUGUCUCACUUCUCAGCAGCCUUGAUUGGAUUUUAGGAAAGGUCCAGCUCACCAGGCACUUGAACCUUGGGACCCCAAGUGCAGAUUCCAACUAAUGGAAAAGUGGCCGCUACGCCCAGGUGGAAACAAAACCAUCCCAGUGAAGGAAAAAGCAGAAGGCGCCAAGGACAGAAAUCACACCUGGAAGAACAUGUUUCUGAAGUGAAAUCUCUCCCUAGGAUUUUAAGGCCAAGACAGAAUUCCUGAAAGGAGCAUAUUCAAGAGUUACUGGACCAGGGGCUUCCCUGCUGGCGCAGUGGUUGGGAGUCCGCCUGCCGAUGCAGGGGACGCGGGUUUGUGCCCCGGUCCGGGAGGAUCCCACAUGCCGCGGAGCAGCUGGGCCCGUGAGCCAUGGCCGCUGAGCCUGCGCGUCCGGAGCCUGUGCUCCGCAACGGGAGAGGCUGCAGCGGUGAGAGGCCCGCGUACCGCAAAAAAAAAAAAAAGUUACUGGACCAGAAUUUUCCUCUCCAGGGUGAGCAGAAUCUGGGUGAUCAUACUAUAUUCAAAGACCAUUGAUUAUUGUGACUCAGCAAAGCCUCAGUUCAACUUUCAGAAGAAAGAUAGAUUGGUUUCAUUCAAGGACCUGACUGCGGACUUCACCCAGGAGGAGUGGCGGCACCUGGACCGUGCUCAGAGGCUCCUGUAGAGGGAUGUGAUGCUGGAGAACAACCGCAUCUCAGUGGAGUAUCAACGUUAGCAAACCAGAUGUGAUCUUCAGACUGGAGCAAGGAGAAGAACCAUGGACAGUAGAGGAAUUCUCAAGUCAGAACUACUCAGAUGAGGAACGCUGAGACUUAUGGGAAACGGAGUCCCGAAUUUGAUGGAUUACCGGGAGGAGAGCGCAGGGAACUGGCCCCUCACGGCUCCUUCUGCGCAUGUGCAGUUCUCCUCAUUGUUCGCCCGCUCCCUGGUCUCCAGCUUCGCGGGGCAGAUAAUUCCGGAGCCUUCGGGUCUACGCAUUGCUCAGUGAGGGGUCCUGCACGAAGGAUGUGCGCUACAGCUCUGCCUUCACAGUUCUCUGAACUUUUCCAGGAGCAGGAGAAAAUGAACACAGCCCAGAUCGUUGUUUUCCCUCCAGCAUCUGGACCCUUUGCUGUUUUCUGUAUGAAGAGAAAGGGAUCGGUGUUGUUCGAGGAUGUAUCAUUGGACUUCACCCAGAAGGAGUGGCAGUUGCUGGACCGUGCUCAGAGGCUCCUGUACAGGGAUGUGAUGCUGGAGAACUACGGGCACCUGGUGUCCCUGGGUCACUGUGUUUCCAAACCUGAGCUGAUACUCAAGUUGGAACAGGAAGAAGAACCGUGGAUAUUAAAGGGACAACUCCCAAGUGAGAGCCACCCAGUCCAAAGAACCAAUAACAUGGAAGAGAUAAGCCAAGAAAAUGAAGACAAGUAUUUGAGGCAAGGUUUAUUCAUCAACAACAAAACAUUGACUGAGGAUAGAAAUAAGACCUUCAGAGAAACACUUAAUAUGACCACAAAUCCAGUGCCCUCAAAAAAAAUAUCCCAUCAAUGUGACCCAUUUGUAACAAACUUGAAAAGUGUUUUUGAAUUAGUUAUUAGUAAUAGAAGCAGUGUGAGAAAAAUAUCUAAUGAUUUCAAUGGAUGUGGAUUCCUUACUACUGUGAAUGAGAAAACCCAUACAGGGAACAAGCCCAGUGAAAAUGAUCAAAAGAGGAAAUCCCACAGACAAAUUGAGGACUUUAUUCAGUGUCAGAAGAAUUCAGCUUUGGAGCAAUGUCUUGAAUAUAAUCAUUGUGAGAAAGCUUUUCACAGAAAAACAGCCUUUGUUGCAUGUAAGAGAGCUCAUACAAGAGAGAAACCCUCUGAAGGUAACAAAUAUGGACAAGCCUUCCUCCAAAAGUUAAAGCUUGGUGCUUGUCCAAGAACUCUUAAGGAAAGGAAACCACACAAAUCCAGUAAAAAUAGGAAAUCCUCAUGCUUGAAGUCAAAACGUGAACAUCAGAGAGCUCACUGUGAAUGUAACAAAUUGGGGAAAUCUUUUAGCGAGAAGUCGAACCUUACUCAACAUCAGAGAAUGCACACAGGAGGAAAACCUGAUGAGUAUAACAGAAGUGAGGAAGCCUUGCAGAAGUCAUCCCACACUCAAAAUGAACGAACUGAUACAGAAGAGAAAAUCUAUGACUGUAACCAGUGUGGGAAAUCCUUCCACAAAAAGCCACACCUGACUCAACAUCUGAGAACUCACACAACGGAAAAACCCAGUAAGUGUAAUGAUAGUGAGAAAGCUGUGAAAAAGGAGUCCUGCCUCGCUCUAAAGCAGAGAAUUAACACAGCAAGAAAAGCUUUAAAGGUAGUAAGUGUGAGAAAUCCUCCCACAAGAUGUUGAAACUCAGUCAACAUCAGAGAAUGUGCUUGGGGGAACCAAAUAAUGAGUGUAGUGAAAGUGGGAGGGUCUUAAAUAAGAAAUCACACCUCACUCAAAAUCAGAGGGCUCACAAAGGGAAGAAAACCUAUGACUGUA